AUGGCUCCCAGCUGCUGCAAGCUUCUUUGCGCCUCCUCCCGGCUGCUCUUUGCAGUGUCUCUCCUCGCCGUCGCCACCCACGCCUCACGCCCAAAUCCCGUCAGAAUCGCCGUCUACUGGGGCCAGGGCGGCGGGGAGAGCACCCUCAACGAGACAUGCAGCACGGGCCUCUACAGCCAUGUGAACAUCGCCUUCCUCUCCGAGUUCGGCGGCGGCCGAGCCCCGGUCCUCAAUCUUGCCGGGCACUGCGAUCCCACCUCCGGUGGCUGCGCCGCUCUAGCCGCGGACAUCGCGUCCUGCCAGUCCCAAGGCGUGAAGGUGCUUCUCAGCAUCGGCGGCGGAAUAGGCUCCUACGGUCUCUCCAAUGAAACCGAUGCGCAGAACCUGGCCGCAUACCUCUGGAACAACUUCCUCGGCGGAAGCCCCAGCUCCAGCCCGCUCGGCGGCGCCAAGCUGGACGGCAUCGACUUUUCCAUCGCCACUGGCAGGGACGACUACUACGACGAACUCGCCAAGAACUUGAAGACGAUGUACAACUCUUCGGACCUAGCAAGGGCAGGCAACAAGACGCACAUGCUCACCGCCGCGCCGCAGUGCCCGUACCCAGACAAGUUCCUCGCCCCGGCGCUCAAGACAGGGCUGUUCGACCACGUGUGGGUGCAGUUCUACAACAACCCGCCGUGCGACUACGCCAGCGGCACCCUGCAGAGCGCGUGGAACACGUGGACGGCGGCGCUGCCGUCGGCGUCCGUGUUCCUUGGACUGCCGGCGUCGCCCGGUGACGCGGCUAGAGGGUACAUAGACGUGGAGACACUCGCGUCGCAGGUGCUCCCGAUGGCGAGGAGCGCGGCCAACUACGGCGGGGUUAUGCUGUGGAGCCGCCGCCACGACGAGCGAACCGGAUACAGUGCUAAGUUACAGGACAUAGCGAACAACACCGUCGGUACGCAACGAUCUUGCACUUUUCUAGUAUUUGGAAUGGCAUGA